AAAAAGUUAAGAAGAGGUAGAUAUAAAAAGUCUACAGUAUUUUUCAGGAAUUGUAUUAAUUUGUAUAAUCCAUUGAUUUUUUAUUACAUUUAUUAUAAAUGUUUAUAAUCUGCCAAUAUUAUUAUAAAUGUGAAUGAUUAAUAACAUCUCUCGCCCAAUUACAAGACGCGACAUCAGCUUUAAGCUUGAUCACAAUCGCCAACUUAAAAAUUUCAAACUCUUUAAUGCGCGCUUCAGUUUGAUAUAUGUCGGCAGAUAUUUGAAUAUUAUCUGUGAUUAAAAAGUAUUAAAAAACGUUUGAGAAAGAAAGAGAGAGAAAAAAAUUUAUUUAUUAAUUAAUACAACAAUAUAAAAGAAGAGAGAAGAAACAUGAGAAAAGCGAAAACCAGGCUGAGAACUGAAAAAACGCGUAAUAAAUUGGAAAAUCGAAUUCGGACUUCAAUGAAAGAUCAAAGGGCAGAACAAAUGAUUCUUUCCAGAUUACAACAAAUAGUAGAGAAAACUCAUGAGGAAAAUCGUAAUUCAAAUAACUCAGGAAAUAAGAGACAAUCAUCCUCAGGUAGAAACGCCGUAUUUUUUGAUACAAACAUUCACAAUGAAGACAUUGCACGCAAUGACUACACGUGCUAUCGUUGUAAACAUUUUUUGGAAAUAACAUAUAAUUUGUCUAAGACAUUCGGCAACGAAGCAUCCAGCUUUCCAUGCAAGAACGAGUUAAAUUUUGUUCAGGCUAUUGUGUGGUUGAAAGCCUCCAUUGUGACCACCUCUCAAAUUUCAAUCGAACAAUUGCAACAGCUGUUCAAUAUACUGUCGGUUACACGCAAUGAACAUCGUCGUGAAGACGAGCGUACUGAUAUUGAACAAUUGAGAUCUCCCGAUGAAGAGCUAAGAAAUGAAAGGACAUCUCCUGGAGGCACGAAGUAUAGUAUCGCAGCAUCAAUCUCUUCAAAUAUUUCCAGUGUAGUGACCAGUACGCCUCAAAGAAAGCUCAAUUGCUCAUAUGACAGAUCUGAAGAUGUAUUAAAUAAAUUUGUAAAUUCCAUAUCGAUGAAUGAUGCGAAUGAAUCGGCCGUUGAGUCAAAUUCGAUACUUGAAGGUUCUAGCAACAACGCAGCGAGAAGAAAAGAAAAAGCAUCCUAUAUAAGAUAUCCAGAAACGGAUGUGGAGUCGAACAUAAGUCAAAAUCUCGAGUGUGCUAUUAAUACGUCUUACAGUAUACUUGAACAUCAAAGCUUUGAUUACGAAAAUGAUAUGGAAUGUUUAACGCAGAGCACAUCCAGCGCCGGUAUCAAAUACAUAAACGAAGAAAUAAUAAAAAGUAAAAGUAUCUUGAAAAAAAGCCAUGCUGACAUUUCGAGUAAAACUAUUUUACCAGCGAAAAACCAAUCUAUUGACCUGUUUAAUUCGAAACAUAAUUUUAAUGGAGAAUGCAUCACUUCCAUGAGAAGCCAAAAUAAUUUUAUCGAUGUGGUAUCAGAAUCCAACAGCAGUCCCAAAAAUUUUAUUAUAACUCCAAGAAACAUUUCUCAAUCGACGAGUAUUCUGGGUGACGAAUUUUUACUCAAUGACAGUCCCUGGCAGGCGAGCAAUUAUACCGCUACUGGAAAUUUGAUCGAAGACAGCGCGUACAGUACUUUACAUCUAAUCGAUCGAUUAAAUUGCAAUACUACAGUAAAAGCAGGAUCCAUCGCCGAUAAAUUAGAUACCGAACAUUAUGAAUUACAACCUUACAAAAAGAAGACAACUACAGAUGAGAAACAGGAAAUCUUUCGUUUGGCCAAUGAGACGUUGCCAUCCAAUGGCAGUUCGAAAAGUUUUAUCAUAACUCAAGAAAAUAUAUUGCAAAUGUCACACGUUCAUAAUGAUGAACAUUCCAAAUUUAAAAUUAUUAAUUACGACUCACAGAUAACCGAUGUGUCGGAAAUUUCCGAAAAUGAUGUUUCAAUGACUAUGGAGUUUAUGAAUUCGGAAGAUGAUGCUUACGAAGAGGCAGAGUUAAUUACUACUCUACAAUCCCCUAAAGAGAAAACAGUUACACGCGAGGAAACAACAGCGUGGAAUUUGUCGAAGACAGAAAAUGUAAAUGGAUACGAAAUGGUUUCCACCGAUUUGUUGUACUCUACUUUAAAAUCGUUACAUAUCGAUCGCGUAAUUCUUGCGUCGAUUAGAGUGAUCGUCUUGACGCUCUGUCACAGGAGAACGGCGGAGGAAUAUUUGGCAAAAGAACGACAGAAGAAUACGCGCAAUCAUUGGAAAGGUAGUUUGGAGGAGCAAGCUGUAAACGCGGUACUGAAUAUAUCUGAUAUCCUUACAACAGAGAGAAAGCCCAAUGUGUGCUUAAAAAUAAUCAUGAGGGAGGUAAUAAAAACUUUGAACGAAAUGACGACGCAAAAACAAUCAUAUAAAAUACAUUUUAGUCAGGUAUAUUAUAUUUUACGUUUUUUAUAUUUAUAAAAA